UUUUCAGAUUUCUCUUACAUACCAAACCACCUAAGCUUUCAAGAUGGCUAUGGCAGCAAGAGGACGCAGUUCUAAACUGCCACCCGAGGUUAAUCGAAUUCUUUACAUCAAGAAUCUACCUUACAAAAUCACGUCGAGCGAAAUGUAUGAGAUCUUCGGAAAAUUCGGCGCCAUACGACAAAUCCGAGUAGGUUCUACUAAUGAAACUCGUGGUACAGCUUUUGUCGUCUACGAAGACAUUUACGAUGCUAAAAACGCCUGCGAACAUAUGAGUGGUUUCAAUGUUUCGAACAGGUAUCUUGUUGUCCUUUACUACCAAGCUACAAAAGCUUACAAGAGGAUGGAUACAGAGAAGGCCAAAGAGCGUCUGGAAGAAGUGAAGGAACGUUAUGGCAUUGGCGGAGAUCUGACAAAACAGAAGAUGGCUUACACUCCUACUCCUCGACGAUAGAAUUCGGUGAAAGUGUGAAAGUGGCAUUGUUUUUACAAUUAUCUUGUUUUAUGUUGUGGUUUCGAUCUCAUAAAAGUAGUGGGGUGGCCACAUGUGCAU